ACGAGAGGGAGCAAGACUGUUUGGAGGGACGUUUCUUGGAAAAGGAGGAGUGGAUGUGGACAGAACGAAGAUGGCCGAGAACCAAAAGACCUGGUGGCAGCAAUGGACAGACACCACCAACGUCAAACAUUUGAAAUUACUGAGGACCACGCAUGACCCCUUCAUACGGCACGAGGAGCAAGUGCUCAUCAACCGCAGGGACAUCUCAAGUGAAAAGGAUGCGUGGGACAUGCAGGAGUUCAUCACUCGCAUGUACGUCAAGCAGCUACUGCGGCACCCAGCCUUCCAGCUGCUGCUGGCCUUGCUGUUGGUGGUCAACGCCAUCACCAUCGCUCUCCGCACCAACUUUGUCCUGGGUCAGAGACACUAUCAGUUGUUCUCUACCAUAGAUGACAUUGUGCUGACCAUCCUUGUCUGUGAGGUUCUCCUCGGCUGGCUCAAUGGCUUUUGGAUUUUCUGGAAGGACGGCUGGAACAUCCUCAACUUCAUUAUCGUCUUUAUCUUGCUCAUGGGGUUCUUCAUCAAAGAACUUGGUAUCAUGGCUGUCACCUACACACUCAGGGUGCUUCGUCUGGUUCAUGUGUGCAUGGCGGUGGAACCCCUGGCCCGGAUCAUCCAUGUCAUCCUGCAGUCCUUGCCUGACCUGGCCAAUAUCAUGGCCCUUAUCCUCUUCUUUAUGCUGGUGUUCUCAGUGUUUGGGGUCACACUCUUUGGUGCAUUCGUGCCUGACCAUUUCCGGAACAUGGGGGUUGCCCUGUACACUCUCUUCAUCUGCAUCACACAGGACGGCUGGCUGGACAUCUACAGUGACUUUCAGAUGGAGGAUAGGGAGUACGCAAUGGAGAUUGGGGCUGCCAUCUACUUUGCCAUCUUCAUCACCAUCGGUGCCUUCAUUGGCAUCAACCUGUUCGUCGUCGUGGUGACCACCAAUCUGGAACAAAUGAUGAAGGCAGGAGAGCAGCAGCAGGAGCAUCGAAUAAUCUUUAGGGAGGCAGGCGCAGAGAAGGAGGAAGACUGGGGUGAUGAGCUGCCAAUCGUGCACUGUGCAGUAGCCCGCUUGGAGAAAUCUGGUGUCCCCCAGGAACCUCUUGAGGGGGGCCCCCUGUCAAACCUCUCGGAAAAAACGUGCGACAACUUUUGCUUGGUGCUUGAGGCGAUACAGGAGAACUUGAUGCAGUACAAGGAGAUCCGAGAGGAGCUUAACACGAUCAUAGAUGAGGUGCGCUCCAUUCGCUUCAACCAGGAGCAGGAGGAGGUGCUUCUGCACAGGCGCCUGUCGGUGAGCACGUCGAUGGAGACCCGUUCCUCUAUAGACGUGUACAGUAUGGCUACCAAGCAAGACUUGCUCUCUGCGCUAGUUACCAGGGAAAAGGUUCAUGAAUCUGUCACAAAUAUGCUGCUUAACAAACAGAAAUUCAACUAUUGAGACUGCAGGAGGGAGCCGAGCACACACACAGCCAGCUCUGCAGCUUCCUGCAUCCCCAGCAUGGCUUGGCACAGGCUGGCAAGAGCCCAGGCUCUCCUUACCCAGAAGCCGAGGCCCAGGGGCUGUGAGGGUGGCAACCUGUGCACGCACGGCUUGUACCUGUGAGUCCCAGGUCCAGAGGAGCCAGGAUGGAGAAGGAUGCUGGAUGAAGUGGGAGCCCUAGCGGCAAAGAUGCGUGAGAAAGGGGGUACUGGCCACGGUAGCCAGGACUUGGCCUAAGGGUGGGUAUUCCAGACCCCUGUUCCAGCUCAGAGCUGGAUACAGCCUAAAUGGACCAAGCACCAAGAAGAGAAAGGCCCACCUGCCAAGACCAGUGAGGUUAGGUGCUGUCCAUUGACAAUAAAGUUUUGAGUUGGAA